AUGUCUUUAUUGAAUGCUUCAGUGACAAUAACUCAGUUUUCCAUAGGUGGUUUUGACACAGUCACAAAGCCUGUGUUAGUUGGUGUGGUGAUACUGAUUACAUAUUUUGUAAUUAUUGUUGCCAAUAUGAUGAAUAUCCUUUUAUUUUUUUGUGACAAGAAAUUACACAAACCAAUGUAUCUUCUGAUCUGUAACCUUGCUGUUGUUGAUAUAGUUUACACCACAAGUGUCAGUCCAACAAUGAUCGGAGUUCUACUUGCUGGUGCUAAAACCAUCUCCUUUGUGCCGUGCAUAAUUCAAAUGAUGGUUCAUCACGUGGGAGCAGUGAUGGAGACGUUUGCUUUAGCAGUUAUGGCAUUUGAUCGAUUGAUUGCUGUUAGUUGUCCUUUUCAGUAUCAGAGUUAUUUGACAAACACACGCAUUGUCAUCCUGACAUGUUUUUUGUGGCUUGUUGCUCUGGUUUGUGUGUCUGUCAUGCCUGUAACUGUGCUUUCUCUCACUCACUGCCGACCACGGCUGAUAUACGUUUUCUGCGACUAUGCUGGCGUAUUGCGAACCACUUGUGGUGACCUUAAUCACCAUUUUAAUGUUAUUACUGUUCUGUCGUUUUUUCUUUUAUUUUUCACCUUCACUUUAAUUUGCCUGUCCUACUUUGUGAUUGUAUUUUAUGUCAAAUUAUCCUCAAAUGUUGACAAAAAGAAAAUGGGGAGCACUUGUUUAAGUCACUUGAUUGUCGUAGUUUGCUAUUACUGUCCUUUAUUUAUCCGUAUUGUCUUGACCAGGAUGGGUGUGGUACUGACUGCUGAGGAACGCCAUGGUUUACAAAUUGGGGCUAUCCUUGGCUCGUCUCUCGUAAAUCCUUUUGUGUACUGUCUUAAUACAAAAGAAAUUAAAUGUAAGAUUUUUAAGGUAUUCAACAUUGUUGCAUCAUCUCAGUAG